AUGGGCCUGCUCAAAGUCGCACUGCUUGCUUGCACGGCUUCGGCCCUCGCGCCGCAGCAGCGCAAGAGCGGCGUCCGCGUGAAAGCGGCGCAAAAGGUCGCCGGCAACGUGCUCGCCGCCUCGAGCUUCCUGGGUUUGGUCAUCGCCCAGCCGGCCUACGCGUCCAUCGAGUCCGCGGCCGUGAACGUGGCCGACAGCGCGUACCCCAUCAUCGAAAAGCUGCAGAAGAAGGACGUGGCGCCCGUGGUGUCGAAGGCGCUGGGCGCCGCGCUCGGCGGCGACCCCGUGUCCGUGCUCAAGGUCGCCAAGGCCGCGGACGAGGCGCUGAUCUCGACGGACCCGGCGAAGCUCGUCGCCGUGCUCAAGGCCGUCGACGUCGCGCUCGUCGACGCGCUGAAGACCAACGGCGUCGUGCCGCCGCUCAAGGACGUCGAGGACGUCGCCCGCGCCGCGGCCGCCGCGGCCGCGACGACGGACAAGGCCAAGAUCAAGGAGGCCUCCGGGGCCCUGGUGGCCGCGGGCAACACGGCGAACAAGCUCGAGGUCGUCGCCGUGCUCGCCGACGGCGCGAAGCUCGCGAAGACGAUCAACCCGGCGGACGCGACGGCCGCGACGGGCGCGGUCCUCGAGCUCCUCAAGGAGGUCGGCGCCCAGUAG